AUGUUUGAAAUAUAUCUCAAAGAAUCUAAAGCUUUGAGGCUUCUCAGGCGUAAACUUCAAUGGAAAAGUUUUAAGACACUUCAACGACAACCGAGAAGUUUAUAUCAAAUGCCACCACUAAACGAGAAUAACGUGUUUGCUGUAAUCUUGCUAGAGAAAGUUUUUGUUGCAACCGCAAUCCGCAUAUCGAAUAAGAAAAGUUUUCAACUGGAAGUAGUUUCAUCAACAAUGAAAUGA